CCCGUCGCCAUGUUAGAAAGGGCGAUGUGUCCUUGAUGUGAACGUGUAAAAUGUUCGAAAUAUUAGAUAUAUUUUACAAUUUUCUAGUUACGUGGAGUACCCAAUUGUACAUUGAGGUUUUUUAAAUACCGCGGUGGUGUUUUUAUUUUCGGAUGACCAAUUUUCACGUGAAUAAUUUGUGAUUACAUGAUGAAGUCUCAACGAUGAGUGACGAAACUCCGGGGGCAGGGCAGGGUGCUCUGUCCCCGAGAGAGAGUCCAGGCUCUCGCCCUACGGCAGAGCGCCCAACAGUGAGAUUAACGCAUGUGGCGGGUGGGCAAUAUGUCCUAACUUCCCAACCCCAUGGAAUGCCAGCACUAACACAGAUAUCUCCAGGAACUUUAGCAGCAAGUGCAAAUUUCACGCAAGCCGGAGUAACCCGCAUAAUAAGUAUAAGUCCAUCUAGAGUGGGUCAGACUUCUCCGUUACGGCCAAGUUUAGCCAACCAGUCUAUAGUCAGUGUUCUCACAAAGUCUAGACCAAACUCCAAUAUCCGUCUGCAGUUAUUUCCAUCUGGAGAAAGUUCCGGGAGUAACAUCCAACACACUCACUCGAGAUCACUUAAAAGACCUUUGUCGACACCUGACAAGAGAGAUGCUUAUGCCUCUAAACUGCAACGUGUAAUGAACCAUAGAAUAGUGAGAUCCAAGCUUGUAAAGGAAAAGUAUAAUGAGCAUCUUCUAGAAGCUUUUUAUUUGGAAACGGGGAACAACAUCCUAGAUUUAUAUCAGUUUGCUAAAAGACCUAAAAGCCAAACUUACGUAAACUACCUUAAAGAACAUGCUAUUGAGCCUAAGGAGUACCAAGAAGAGGCGCCUAGCAUUUCCGUGCCUCAAACCACACCUAGUACUCCUUCAGCAACUUCCGCUAGCUCUCUACCUGGCAUUUCACACAGCAGUUUUGUGUUGCAAACCAGUACGCCUACAUCCUCUGUGGCUUCGGAUAACAGUGUCGUGACUCCGAAGACCACUGCAGUGAAAUUAAAAUCUUCCUCUCAUUCCGCCAGCUCGAAUCAGGAACAGAUCGUGGAGAAGGCAAAACAGGAAGCCUAUGUCGUUCAGCGAAUAGCUGAUUUGCAAAAGGAAGGCUUGUGGUCAGAAAAACGACUGCCAAAAGUCCAAGAAAUGCAACGUACAAAAGCGCAUUGGGACUUCUUAUUGGAGGAAAUGGUUUGGCUGGCUGCUGAUUUUGCGCAGGAACGCAAAUGGAAAAAGGCUGCUGCUAAAAAAUGUGCACGUAUGGUACAGAAGUACUUCCAGGACAAAGCAUUAGCUGCCCAGAGGGCAGAAAAAGCCCACGAACAGAACCUUCGAAGGAUUGCAGCAUUCUGUGCAAAAGAAGUGAAAAAUUUCUGGAACAACGUAGAGAAGUUAGUCGAAUACAAGCAACAUACGAUAUUGGAAGAAAAGCGGAAAAAAGCCUUGGAUCAGCAGCUGAGUUUCAUCGUGGAUCAAACGGAGAAAUAUUCUCAGCUAUUGGCGGAAGGAAUGAACAAAACAACAGUUGAGCAGCCUGCGAGUGGUAUUUCCUCUAGAUCUGUUUCUCGAGCUCAUUCAGACACGGAAUUUGAACCUGAGCUACAGAGUGACGAAGAUGAUGAGGAAACGAUAGCUCAAGAAGAGGCUGCACUAGGGACCGAAGGCCACAGCGAGGAGGUGGCAGCACUGCAAAAGGAAUCUCAGAUGGAGCUUGAUGAUUUACUAGAAGAUGAUUUCCUCAGAGAUUAUUUGCUUAACAGGGAUAAUAUCCGGCUUAGCGAGUCUGAUGACUCCGAUGAUGAACCAGAUGACUCGGAGAAAAAAGAUCAGUCUGACACGUCCAAGAAAACUGAUAUCAAGAAAGGAAAAUUAGAAGGAUUUGAGAGAAAUAGAAAGGUGACUGUGUCUAUCACUGAGGACGAUAGCAAAACUCCAUCUGAGGGUUCUGAAUCUUCGAAAGAAGAGGAGGAGGAUGAGUUAUCCGAUGAAGAAAGCGAAGAAGAGGUAGUGGUGUCCGAUUCGGCAAGUCAGGAUGAACAUGACGAGCUUAAAAUAUUAGUUGAGGAUUCUCAUAAAGAGGGAGAAAAAAUAAAGACUGAAAAAGUUGAAAAUGACGACCUCAUCAAUGACGCCGCUGCUAUCGCAGAGAGUAUCCAACCCAAAGGCAACACCCUAUCUUCCACAAACGUUUCCACAAAAAUUCCUUUUUUACUAAAAUUCUCUCUAAGGGAAUACCAGCACAUUGGUUUAGAUUGGUUAGUGACUAUGUACGAGAGAAAACUAAACGGCAUUUUGGCUGACGAAAUGGGUCUCGGCAAAACCAUCCAGACAAUAGCCCUCCUCGCUCACUUGGCCUGUGAGAAAGAAAACUGGGGUCCCCAUUUAAUCGUGGUACCAACUUCAGUCAUGCUUAACUGGGAAAUGGAGUGUAAAAAGUGGUGUCCAGCUUUCAAAAUCUUGACGUAUUAUGGUACUCAGAAAGAGAGAAAGUUAAAACGUACAGGAUGGACUAAGCCCAACGCUUUCCACAUUUGUAUUACAUCUUACAAACUAGUCAUUCAAGACCACCAGAGCUUCAGAAGGAAAAAGUGGAAAUACCUUAUUCUGGACGAGGCGCAGAAUAUCAAGAACUUCAAGUCGCAGAGGUGGCAGCUGCUGCUAAAUUUUCAAACUCAACAGCGACUUUUGCUUACUGGUACACCAUUACAAAACAACCUGAUGGAACUGUGGUCUCUCAUGCACUUCCUCAUGCCUAACGUUUUUCAGUCACACAGGGAGUUCAAAGAGUGGUUUUCAAAUCCUGUUACGGGUAUGAUCGAGGGGAACUCUGAAUACAAUGAGAGUAUUAUUAAACGCUUACAUAAGGUUUUGAGGCCUUUUUUAUUGAGAAGAUUAAAAUCGGAGGUGGAGAAACAGAUGCCGAAAAAGUACGAGCACGUCGUGGUGUGUCGUUUGUCGAAAAGGCAGAGAUUUUUGUACGAUGAUUACAUGUCACGUGCAAAAACGAGGGAAACCUUGGCUAGUGGCAACCUGCUGAGCGUUAUAAACGUGUUGAUGCAGCUGCGGAAGGUGUGUAACCACCCUAAUCUGUUUGAGGUUAGGCCUACGAUAUCCCCGUUUCAGUGCGAAGGAAUUAGGUACCAUAUUCCUUCGAACGUUUAUUCUGCUUUAGAAUACGAUCCCUUCAAGCACGUUGACCUAUUCUCCAUGAACUUGUUGCUGAUAAUGCAGGAGCUACACCUCAGUUCCUACCAGUGUUAUCGCAUGCGGCAAUCGAGAACAUCUAAGAAAAUAAUUGAGCUCGAUCAAACACCCGAGUUACCACCACCUUGUCCGCCCAGUAAAUUAGCUAUGAGAAUUCUGCCUAAAGAAAAGCCGGUCGACGUCAAAUCCGAAAAGAAAGAAGUGGUCAUUAAUCAGCCUCCUCCAUUGCACUUGAAAAAUGUAACGCCUCAAAACGUCAAAGUGAAAGUUUCUGGUGUGCAACUUGUCAAUCAACAAGGAAUCGUUAAAACUAUACCGGUUGUGAAUAUAACGCAAGCGACUUCCAGCGGUCAGAUAGCUACUCCGGUAAAUGUGACUUCUGUUUUAAAGCCGGCGGACAAAAUUUCUGCUAGUUUUGCCCAGCUGGUUCAAACGUCGACGGGGAAACACCUGCUGCUUACUUCUAAUCCCAACAUCACGGGAAACAUUCCAGUUACCACUACAACUCCAGGGGGACAAAAGUUAACUUUUCUAUCGAAACAACCUGUCUCAACAAUUGGAAAUGCUGGUCACGCCAUGACGAAGGCGUUUGUUAAAUUCCAACUGACGUCGGUCACAACUGCGACUUCGACCACAACAAUUACUACAUCGAAUUCCUCUGCACUGCCCAGUUCGAAAACCGAAGAAAACAGAGAAAAAGGUGUUAGAAUACCCGUCGGGGACGAUUACAUAGGCCAACUUUAUUCUAAACAAAAUAGCUUGGAUGUUCGGUGGAGAAAUGACGAGAAAAUCGUGGGAUUACCAGGCGAGGAAGACCCAAAAGGCGAGCGCAAGAGGAGGUUGGAACUUAUGGCUCGUGUGAACGAACGUAGGUGUUCGGCACUCCCGCUAUAUGGUAGGGAUUUCCAGGACGUUGUUAAAGUGUUCGUUCCGAAUAAGGUUAAUUCUUGGAAUGGCGGGCAUAUUCACUGCUUAAACACCCUAUUUGGUAAGAAUAUCGAGGACACCACUGGACCGCUCAGGGAAAUGUUGUACAAUCCAGAAAGGAGGAUAGAGCAACUUAAAGACAUCUCUGAUAGGUUUAUAUUCUACGUACCUGCUGUGAAAGCCCCCGAACCCGAGAUGCAGGUCUGGCAUCCGCCGCCCAGCAAAUACUGGGGUCAGAAGGAGGAUCGGCAACUGAUUCAGAGGCUGUUCUCUAAACCUGCCACCUCCUUGCACCACAUAGCCUCGGCGAUGGUGACCCAGUUCCCCGACCCCCGCCUGAUCCAAUACGACUGCGGCAAGCUGCAAACAUUGGAUCGCUUGCUGAGAAAACUAAAAGCGGAAGGACAUCGGGUGCUAAUAUUCACCCAGAUGACCAAGAUGUUGGACGUUCUCGAGGCAUUCCUUAAUUUUCACGGCCACAUUUACCUUCGUCUAGAUGGUUCGACCAAAAUCGACCAGAGGCAGGUUUUGAUGGAGAGAUUUAACGGUGAUAUGCGUAUCUUUGCUUUUAUAUUGUCCACUCGUUCCGGAGGGGUGGGUGUUAACCUCACCGGGGCGGAUACUGUGAUAUUUUACGAUUCCGACUGGAAUCCAACCAUGGACGCCCAAGCACAAGAUCGUUGUCAUCGUAUCGGGCAGACCCGGGAUGUGCACAUCUACCGGCUUGUCAGCGAGAGGACCAUAGAAGAAAACAUUCUCAAGAAAGCCAAUCAGAAGAGGUUGUUGGGCGAUCUUGCAAUAGAAGGUGGCAAUUUCACCACGGCUUAUUUCAAAAGUUCGACCAUACAGGACCUAUUUAACAUCGAUCAGAACGAGGACAGUGCCGCAAAUAGGAUGUCCGAGAUCAUAGAAGCGAAGAAGGAAAGGGAGAGGGCACUUUCAGCGGAAAGCGCCGCUGUGGGAGAUGAAAAAGCUGCGAUGGGCGCUCUAGAAAAUGCGUUGGCUGCUUGCGAAGACGAUCAAGAUGUUUUGGCGGCGAGGACAGCUAAAGCGGAAGCGGUGGCGGAUCUUGCCGAGUUCGAUGAGAAUAUUCCCUUGGAGGACCAAGAAAAGGAUAAAGAACCAGAGAUCAGUAAGGCUGAACAGGAGAUUAACAACGUUAUAGAGAAGCUCUCACCCAUUGAGAGGUAUGCCAUGAAAUUCAUCGAGACAACAGAGUCUGCAUGGUCAGCGGAACAAUUAGCUGCCGCAGAGAGGGAGAUAGAAGAACAGAAGCGGGAAUGGGAGCAGAACAGGCUGGCGGCCAUGAGGGAGGAAGAAGAACGUCGGGCACGGGAACUGGAAGAGGAGGGCGACAUCAUCACGUUCUCCCGGGAGGACGCCACCAAUCAGAUUUGGGUCUCUGACAACACAAUGGAGCAAAUGCCUAUGUGGUGUCCUCCGACGCCUCCCCAACAAGAAGGGGACAUUUAUGUAGACCAAACAAUGUCCUUCUUGUAUGACAUGAACAUCAUGUCGGAAUCCCAACUACCUCCAAUAUACGUUAAAAGAGAAGCCAAGCGAAAUCGUCUGGAAGCUGGUCUGGUAGACAGCCGAAGAGCUAUGAAAAUCCCUCGGAAGGAAGAGUCCACCAACGCUCCAAAAUCCCUCUUCCAUUCCGCGACUAUACUGAAAAUGCGCAGGGAAAUCAAACUGCAAAAGUAUCGUGGUCUGGUGCGGCCUUCAAUCCCGUUACCUGGCAAGUCGGGCAUGCAGAAACCGCUCGUAGAACAACCGUUGUUCCACGAAUGGACCAUUCACGAAGACAUGGCAUUGUUGAAAGUCAUCCAAAGCUUCCAAGGGUUGCCUCUGAAUCUGAUAAUGAAAAAUCCGGGACACACGCCCAAUUGGGAUUUUGUUUCCGACUAUGUGAACACCGUGUCUAUUACUUACCGGUCGCCUAAGCAGUGUCGCCAAAGAUACGAAUCGCACCUCAUGCAAAGGGAGGAGGGCAAACAACUAGGUCUGGACAGCACACUGAAGAAGAAAAAGAACAAGGCUGGGAGUCUUCCAAAGUUUGCCAUGCAGACGAAAUCAAACCGUCCAAUGCGUACUUCUCAGAUGUACACCCAAGACAACAAUUCGACCUUCUCCCAGGUAAUGGUGGAGAGGUUCGAGGCGCUGAAGAGUAUCGCCAACAAACGAAUGCCGACCAGCAGAGCAGUAGUUAACAAUCCCCUGAUGAACAAGUCCAAGCACACACCUGUAUUAAACGACUGCGGCAUAGACUUGGACCACCCCGUGUUACCGGUAGAGGUCGCAGCGAGGCGAGCCGAGCGUAUUGCCAAAGAGAAGAAGACCAUGACUCCAGAGCAGCAGAUCGCCGCAAGGCUGCAGAUGAUGAAGGGCAUCAUGGCCAAUCAGCAACAGAAUGCGACCGCCACAUCGUCAACUAGCAGCCAAGUUGUUGCGUCUACUUCCUCGGUACCUGUAGUGGCGUCUGCUGGUAUGCAGAUUGUUGUGUCACAGAGUCCUGCCGUUACUACUGUGAGCGGUGCGACGGUUCAGAGUGCACCCGGAACUCCACCAAACACCCUAAGAGCCCAAAGAAUAAUAGCCUCUCCAAUUCAAACAUCAACUGUCGUCUCAGUAGCGAGCUUAAAUGCUCAACUGCAGGCUGCUACCCAACGCCUUAUCGUUUCCGCUGGCACCGCUGGCCAAGGAAAAGCCGUAGUAGGUACGGCGACCGGAAUGCAAAGUAAAUCCAUCAGCCCAGCACAACUCGCCAUGAUCAGACAAGCGUCUUUAAAGCAACAGUUGCGGUUGCAUGCAGGAAACUUAGCCGCACAGGGAGUGAAAACUUCUACGGUUACGAUAGGCGGGCAACAAGCCGUGGUGCAAUUUACGCAGGCUCAACCCAGGGCGCAGUUCGUCAGGCAGAGUACGGUGACGGUGGGUGGUAAAACAGGUAUCACGAGAACAGUGACGGAAGGGGAGGUCGCUCAAUUGUUGAAGAAGCAACAUCAGUUGCAGCAACAGCAGAAGGCGACGGCUGGUGGGUCGACCACCAUACAGAACUUGUCUCCGCAAGUCUUGGCUCAGGCUAUACAAGCGGGCACCUCAGGGGCGCCUGUUGCGACAUUGGUGAAAGCAGUUUCUAACGCGGGAGGUACACAAACAGUUACGAUUCCUGUGACGGGAGUAGCCCUUGCCACACAGGGCAAAACCAUAACUCCCACCUUAAAGACGACCAAUCCAAACCAGCUGAGGCAUCUGCAGAUACAACAGCAGCUGUUAGCCCAGAAGAAGCUGGGCGGACAAAAGUUGAGCAUAGCUCAGGUUGGGGGGAAGAACAACGUCCAGACACAGUUGAUCGUCGGAUCGAAACCAUUGUCUUCCACCAUGACGGUGCAGCAGCUGCAACAAGUCAUCAGGUCACCGCUGAACGUGUCGCAGGGGCAGGUUGUGCUGGCAAAGGGGCCGCCCAGGGUCAUUCCUGUGAAUACGGCGCAAGGAACUAAGCAGACCAUUCAGGUGGUGGCCGCGUCAAGCCCAGCCUUGACCACUGCCCUUCGUCCUCAAGGGCAGUCCACCUUAGCCGGAGCUCUGGCGGGAAUAAAGGUCCAAGGCACCACCACCACCGCUCAACAGGCGUUACUAUCUCAGGUAUCCGCAGCACUGAAUCAAAAUGUCAGCGUUAGACAAGGGAGUCCGGUCCGAAUUCAAACUGCCAGCGGCACACCCCUAGUAGCAGUGAGCGUUCACAAUGUCCAACAACAGAGUUCAUUGCCUCAAACGACCAAUCCAGAUCAAGUAAGUAGGUUCUUGAAGAAGUGAAAAUUAUGUGACGUCCUUUUUGUGUCGGUUUUAGUUCUUUUUUCUUAAGUUUUAAUCAAAGACACUUAAUGUUUUGUUUUCCGAUGUACAUUUUUAAUAGCUAGUUCUUUCAUUUUUUUUUUGUAACCUUAUUAAUGUCCUACUCAAAAAAAACCUGUGCUGUGAUACUGAAAAACAAUAUUUCGUAGAAAUGUCUUCACAGAAGUAUUAAAGUUAUUUAAUAUAGCUGCAUUUUGUUUGUUUGCUUUGGUUUUGCGUCGUAACCAAAUAAAAAAGUAUAUUAUUAAACAUUAUUCAUUUGUACUUUGUAGUUACGAAGCAAAACAUUUUUAAUUGUACAUAUUUUGUAUAAAAGUGUACUUUAGU